AAAUUAAAGUUAAUCAAUCAAGAAAAUCUUUCUCAUAUCUGUUUUUUGCUUACACACCAGACUGCAGAUUUGCAGAGCAGAUAACUGUACCUCUCGUUUAAAUCCAGUUCAGUUCCUUUUUGCACAACUUUUUGACGUUUUCAGUUUACGUGAACGUCAAAUGUUUUCUAUUUUUGCUUUCGAAUAGAAUACCAAAUUUUUUGCUGAAUAAAGGAACGACCACUUGUAUUCGGUUUUUUAUUUGAAGGUUUUUCCUCAUAAAAAUGAAUGUUUUAAAACUGACAAGGAACUCUUUGGGUUUGGCUCGUGGAUUUCAUCUAAGUGCUAUUAAUGCUGCUGAAGCUCAAGCCAAACCCAAAAGAUUGAAGAAAUUUGCAAUCUACCGAUGGAACCCAGACGACCCAAAAACUGAACCCAAGGUUCAAGAAUAUGAAAUAGACUUGAAUGAGUGUGCUCCCAUGGUUCUGGAUGCACUGAUAAAGAUCAAGAAUGAGAUCGAUCCCACCCUUACUUUCCGAAGAUCUUGCAGAGAAGGUAUUUGUGGGUCCUGUGCUAUGAACAUCGAAGGUGUUAACACGUUGGCUUGCAUAUGCAAGAUAAACACAAAUACUUCGAAGGUUUCAAAGAUCUAUCCUUUACCACACAUGUAUGUGGUUAAAGAUCUGGUUCCAGAUUUAACCCACUUUUAUGAUCAGUAUAAAUCAAUUAAACCGUGGCUCCAGAGGAAGGACGAAAGUAAGAUGGGAAAAUUCCAGUAUUUGCAGGACGUCAAAGAUAGGGAGAAGUUAGAUGGCCUUUACGAGUGUAUAAUGUGUGCCUGUUGUUCAACUUCUUGCCCAAGUUAUUGGUGGAAUGGGAAUAAGUACUUAGGACCUGCUGUUCUUAUGCAGGCUUACAGAUGGAUCAUUGAUUCGAGAGAUGAAGCAACAGAGGAAAGAUUAAAUAGUCUCAGGGAUGCUUAUUCAGUAUUCAAAUGCCACACUAUAAUGAACUGUUCCAGAACUUGUCCCAAGGGCUUGAAUCCUGGAAGGGCUGUUGCUGAAAUUAAGAGGCAUUUGGCUGGCCUUACCAAAAAGGCUCCACCAAUGUUAAAUCCAGUUGGUUUGGCCAAUGCUUAAAUCUGAUGUUAAAAUCUGAGAUUUUAUUGUAUUCAAUGAUAUUUUAGGCACAAUUCUGUAAUUGUUUGAAAUAUAUUGACAGUAUUUUAAGAUAAAAAGACCGAAUAAAUGUUUUAAUGUGAA